AUGUCUUUCAAUACCAGAGAAUCAUUAUACAACGAUGAAACCAUCAAUAAGUUUAUGAACCUUAUUGUUAAAAGAGGCGAGGGUAACAUUUAUGCCUUUGAUUCCUUCUUUAUUCCAAGUAUUAAACGGAGAGGCAUAGAUAUUAUCAAUGCCAAGUUCAAGCACGACGUAUUUUCCAAAAAUUUAUUGAUGGCACCAUUAAAUAUCAAUAACAAUCAUUGGAUCAUUGCUAUUGUAGAUGUGAGCCAGAAGGAAAUUAUUGUCUAUGACAGCUUAGACUGUCACAAUGGUAAGGAAGUUAAAAUAUUACAGUACUUUUUAUGUGAACAUAAACAUACCAAGUAUGGGACUUCAUCACCGUGGUUUCUCUUCAGAGGAGAGACCACAAACCAGGAAAAUGAAUAUGAUUGUGGACCAUGGAUUUUAGCAAUAGCGGACAGAUAUUCUAGUGGUCAGCCACCCAUGCCGAAUCAAAAAUUAAUGGCAGGUAUCAGAAAGGAACAUGAAUAG